AUGACUAAACGUGAGAACAACCUAGCAGAACAGACCAAUGUAGACCGAAAACGGGAGAUCUAUACUGGGAUCAAUUCAGCCACGCCUGACGCAGGUCCAGUGCACCUCUGCCUUGCUGCCGACCAUGAGCCGGAACGCCCGACCGCGGUAACUUUUGCUAUCGAUAGUAUCGUGGGAUUUGCGCACAGCCUAGCAGUGGCUAAACUUGGAGUGCGGUGGAACUCGACUCAGACGCCCGUCUCUGAUCUUCGUUCGGGUCUACACCUUGAUCCUCUUCCGAUCCAAUACAUUGGAGCCAAUGGUCGCGCUCAUCACGUCCGACGGCCGGUGCAUAUGAUACCACAUUAUACAUUUGGGCGGCUAGUCGGAUUUGAGGAUAUCUCUCUUUACUUCCUAUUCCCGCGGCUAUACCGGGAGGAGCAGCAAUCCAGUCGCCUCCGUGAUGAUGACUUUCGGGUUUGGAUAGACCAGAUACUCCUCCCUACAAUCUAUCGCCAUCACGAUGGCUCGCUUGUCCAGCAUUAUCCUGCUAGCUUUGACCACAGUCGGCUGAAUGCUACGGCCCGGGGGCUUGAGAUGCGCUCACAGCGAGUGAAUCCAGUCGCUCGGCAGCAGCUUCUAUUCUAUUUCCUCCAGCCAAAUGCACUCGCGCUUAUGUGGGCAAGUAUUCUCGAGACCAUCGAGAGCGCUGAGCUUCAGCAAUUCUCAGGCGUGACUAUCCUCGUCCAAGGCAAAAACUUGAAGACAUUGACCAAAGCCAACACGUGGGACGGUAUGAUGCAGGAGUUUGCCCAGCAUUGGGGCAGCACGAUCGACGAGUCUCUUCUCUCCGACCAAUUCUACAUCGACAUUGGGAAAGAGACGUGUCCUACUGGGCCCUCACGGGUUGGUGGUGUGGAUCCAAUUGCUCUCGGUGUGGAAGAGGUAGAGAAACCAUGA